CGCCGGCCGCUCCGCCCCGGUGCGGCCAUGGCGGGCGGCGUGGAGCUGGGCUUCGCGGCGGCGGCGGCCCCGGAGGACGCGUGGCGGCUGCGCAGCGCCUACUUCCCCAGCAAGGUGGGCGGGCGGCCGGCGUGGCUGGGCGAGGACGGGCUGCCGGGCCCCGGCGCCCUGCGCUGCGCCCGCUGCCAGCAGCCCCGCGCCUUCCUGCUGCAGCUCUACGCGCCGCUGCCCGGCCGCCGCGACGCCUUCCACCGCAGCCUCUUCGUCUUCGCCUGCCGCGGCGCCGCCUGCUACCGCCUGCCGGGCCCCGGGGGGCCGCUCUGCGUGUUCCGGAGCCAGCUGCCGCGGCGGAACCGCCUCUACCCCGAGGAGCCGCCCCCCGAGGAGCCCCCGCCGGGCCCGGUGGCCCCUCCCGCGCGGCUCCGCAGCGGCGCCCGCCUGUGCCGCGUCUGCGGCUGCCUGGGGCCCAGCGCCUGCGGCCGCUGCCGCCGCGCCGCCUACUGCGGGCCCGAGCACCAGGCGCUGGACUGGCGCCGCGGGCACCGCCGCACCUGCGGGCAGGCCGGCGACGCAGAUGACUCGGAGAAUGCAAUUCCAGGCGAUGACAGAUUCCUGUUUCCAGAAUAUGAGAUUUUGAUAGAACCCGAGGAACCAGAAUUUCCUGCUGACAGCAGUGUGGAUCCUGAUGAUGACAAAGGAGCUGCAGGUACAUCAAAGGAAGCGGAAGAACAAGAGGAACUCAGAGUUAGUAGCAGUACAGGUGAAGCAUGUCAGUCCUUAGAUGAAGAAACUCUGGAAGCAAUGGCAAAACAUGAGACUGAAGAAGACAAGAUCUUCCAAAUGUUUAAAGAGCGAAUAGCUGCUGAACCAGAGCAGAUUAUUAGAUACUGCAGAGGAGGAGAAGGCCCAAUCUGGAUAUCAAGGGAAAAUAUUCCCAAAGAACAAGAUAUCCCAAAUUGCGUAUGUGGUGCCAAAAGGGUAUUUGAAUUCCAGAUUAUGCCACAGCUCCUGAACCACCUUCAGGUUGACAGCCUUGGAGAGAGCAUUGACUGGGGAACGCUGGUGGUGUACACGUGUGCCGAGAACUGCGGGGACGGAAAUGAGUACGUUGAGGAGUUCAUAUGGAAACAAGACUUCUCUGCAGGCUCUAUUGAACUUCCAUCAAGUUCCUAAGUUGCAUCAUCUAAAUGUUACAUUUUCCUUGUUUAGUGCAUCUGUGCAUUGCAUUUUGCAAGCAGGUAACUGAACUAGCAGUGAUACCUGGCUAUCUUGUAACAAUACAACUACUAGACCUUGACAGCCUCUUUAUGGUGCUGCAGAGGAGCACCUUCAACAGGCCAGAUGCAAUUAUUAAUUGAAUUUUGGUUCAAAUCUCAACUCUGAAUGUUUAAAUAAAGCUGAGAUGUUUUUGGA